CGCGAUAUGCUCUGUCUGCUGUUUGCUUAGUGCGAUUGACUGCGACUAAUCGGCGGAGCGAAGGAGGCGCGCGAGGCGUGAGCGCUUCCACGGCCGCCGCGGAAUCCGCCGAGCGCCGGGAAGGGGGAGAGGAGGAGGGAGAGGAGGAGGGAGAGGAAAGUCGCCGGGCUCCGCUGCUACCACCGCCGUCUCCCGCGGACGCGCGAGCGGCAUCGCGGCCGCCGCGAUGCCGUUCAUCCCAGGGAGCCCGUGCCCAGCCGGACCCCUGCACGCGCCGCACGUCAUGCAGCCCACCCUGAGCCUCAAGCCCUUCCUGCCGUUCCCCCUGGAGGCGGCCGCCACGCACACCCACGCCCUGCGCCUCUUCUCCGCCUUCCCGGCUAUGGACCCCAUGCAGAAGGCGCUGCUCGCACCCUUCCACCUGCAUCUCCCGCCGCGCAAGCGCCACGUCAUCUCGUGCAACGUGUGCCAGCUCCGUUUCAACUCCGAGAGCCAGGCCACGGCACAUUACAAGGGCGGGAAGCACGCCAAGCGCCUCAAGGCCCUGGAGAUCAGCAAGGCCAAGCAGGCGGGUGACACGGCCGACCAGGCCGAGCGUGAGCCAGGCAAGGACGGGACCACCCCCGCCCAGCCGGCCUGCGCUCCGACCGCACCCUCCCGUGGCGAUGGGAGCGACCUCGCGCCCACAGAAGAAGCAGACGGGGGACCUCUGUUGGCGGAGAGCGCCUCCGCCAGCCUCCAAGCGCAGCGCUCGGCGAGCGACGGCGCCGACCCGGCACCCGGCGGCGGCGUCGUCUCCGUCGCGGCUCAACCCGGCGCGUGCAGCGUCGCCCGAGGACCCCUCGACUGCUCGGGCGCCGCGAGCACCAGCGGCCAUGCCGACGAGCCUGCCGAGCAAGACUUUGCCGGCGCCGUGCCCAGGCAGGCGGCUCCGAGCGGAGCCGCCGCCGCCGCCGACUCCGCGGUGGCGCUGGGAGUCGCGCCUCCGGGCCCGGACGACCUCGGCUCGAGCCGGGAGGGCGGCUAUGGCGGCCUCGAGCGCAGCGGGACGGGCGCCACCGUGCCGUGCUGCGGUCCCACUGAGACGGAUGGAGCCAAGCCUUCAAAGCUCAGCCCGGCCCUGCCCAGCAGCACGCGCUCCGGGGCGGCGAGCAGCGGCCCGGCGGAAGACGCCAAGGCGUGUGGAGACGCGGCCGCAAAGGACGAGGAGGACAAGGGCGGGGACGCCAAGGCGGAGGGAGACGAGAAGGCCAAAGCGGCGUUGUUCUGCUCCCUCUGCAAAGUGGCUCUCAACUCGCAGUCGCAGAUGGAGGCUCACAACAACGGCUCCAUGCACAAGACACUGCUGGAGGCACAGAGCGGCGGCGGCAGCAUCAAGGCAUACCCACGGCCCGGCUCGCGCAGCGCGGGCCCCGGCACGGCCGACCCGUCCGGCCUCCAGAACAAGGUGUUCCACUGCGAGAUGUGCGACGUGCGCGUCAACUCCGAGACGCAGCUCAAGCAGCACAUCACCAGCCGUCGGCACAAGGACCGAGUGGCGGGGAAACCGCCCAAGCCAAAGUUCAGCCCUUACACGCGGCUGCCCUGCACCGCGGGCAUCAUCUCGGCCAAGCUGGCGUUCCCCAAGGACAUCGGCAAGGCGGUGGCGCCGGGCUUUUUCGCGACUGCGGCGCCGGCUCUGACCCCGCAGCUGACCCUGCGCCCCUCUCCGCACCACCACGCUUCCCUCUUCUCGGCGGGGCCCGCCCUGUUGCGCCCGGCGCCCGGACCGAUGCGCACGGCCCACGGCAGCAUCCUCUUCGCCCCCUACUGAGGCCCCCGCCGCGUGGAUCGUCCGCACGACGGGGCGCCGCGCGGAUCGCUCCCAUGGGGGAGAGAGACGAGCGCCGUGCGGGACGGAGACCCGGGCGAAACUGGACACCGCUCGUCACCGCUGGGAUGCUGUGCGGCAGUGGUGGCUGGUUAAUUGCCCCUAAUGCUUCAAGCUUAAAGAAGUGUUUCCUAUGAAGCCUGUUUGACUGAAAUUCACACGACUAACAUUGGAACAGUAUGUUUGUGGCGUAACGGCGGUGCGUGAGGCGGGGGGGUGGCGAUACAAGCAGUGUUAAAUUUUAACAACCUAAUUAUUAUUGCUGUUUAAGUGUCGCACAUUAACAUGGCUGUCCUCGUAGUCAAUAAUGCGGUGCCGAAUUGCAGCUUUACACCACAACUCGACUGGCAAUCGUACAAAACACAUCGCAAGAACUGUGAAUCAACACGAAUUAACUUAAAAUCUUCUGCCUUGACAAGACAAGGUGUCGCCGUUAGAGAGCAACGCACACUACGACGAGCGCACGGCGAUAACUCGCGGACACACAAGCACACCCACGGACAUGAACUCGCAUGCAAUGCGCAUUGGAUGUGCGUAGCAACAGCGGUGCACAAUUAAACGCCCGCACGAACACACCGGGUAUGCGACGACACCGCGUGCUGCUGCACAAUGCCAACCGCGGUCGGAGGAGUGCACACUUGCCACCCAACCCAACACCCCGAGAUCUUGCCCGAACGUAACCCAAUCGCGCCGUCAGCGCCGUAAUCGGCACCGCGCCGCGCCAACCCCUGGGGCGGGGCCGCCGCAGGAAUUUGGCCGAGGGGCGACGGAGUGCGGCGCGCCAGCCCGCGCCUCAAUGCACGCCGAGUCCCUGGAUGCGCCCGAUACCUCCCCCAUCGGCACGAGCUCAAAGUACAAACUGUGGGGGUCAACGCGUAGGGUCCCCCGAGAGGGAGGGGCGGGGACUUCUAGACCCCCACGGGCCCCGGCACUCGUUCAGACUCCUCGUCAGACUGCCCCCCGCCCCCGCUUGAUCGAUCGUCUUCGGUGGCCUUCUUCCCAGCGAGCCCUGGGCCUCGUGCCAGGAGGCAGCGGACGGAGCAGACAGCGUUGAGAACCACAGAGCAGUGGCAAUGAGACGCGGCAUCGACGGAAUGAAAGAGCAUGAGAGCCCAGCGCCUGGACCAAAAAAAAAGGGGCAAACCACGACACGGAUCGGCGGCGACACUCAACCACUAUAUCAUCACCACCACCAGCACCAGCGGCAGGAGAGUCGUCACCAACAACACCAGUGGCAUCACCAACACUUGCACCGCCGGUCAUACCAAUGGGAGCUGCACCGCCGCCACUGAAACCCCAUAUGGUACCACCACGACCACCAGCGGCACUGGCCGGGGGAGGCGCCGAACGAGAUCCGCCGCUUCGAGCCACGCUCACGCGGCUCGAAGCGGCGGCGCUGGUUAAUUAACGAUUGCGGGGGGGGGGGGGCGUGCCGAGCUGCCUCCACGGGGAUUGGUCGCCCCCGGGGGCUUAUCGCUGAUCUCUAUUGAAAGGGCUGGUUAUGGUGGCGAUGGUGACGACGACGAUCAAUGAGCAUCGGUGACGAGGCGCGCGCGGCGCCUCCUGUCCCUCAUCGCUGUGGUGCCGCCGUCGUGGCCGAUGAGUUGUGUUUGUAUUUUGAUGUUUUCGCCCAAUUAUAUUCCAGAGCGCGCGAUAUCGGCGUCCUCGCCACCAUGAGACAGCUGGCGCGAACGCGCGCUACACCGCCCCCCCUCCUCCCCCCUCGCAGCGAGUCCGUGUGCCACUGCGGUGGUUUCAAGAGAACUGCUGAUUUGAGAAAACAAAAAAUGUUCCCCAUGCCUCUUUUGCAAGCACUGCACGUGCCCUGCAGGCGGUGUUCUUCCGCACGGCGAUAUUAUUUCGACAGAGCUGAAAUUAUUUUAAUGAAGCCAAUAAAACAACUUAUUUAAUUCGAUUGGGGAGCGGGGAUGAGUGGGGCAGGUGGUGGAGUUGUACAGUGGUCACCUGUGAUCAGGCUGACUCAACUCGCUAAUAAUGCUGGAUUAUUCAGGGGUCGGCUGAAACCAUGAUUCGAGCACAGGUCCUCACAAGUCAGCUGUGACCGGCGGGUGGGUUGGCGUCUCUGGCACGCCGCUAUGAACCCCUUGCCACCCUGCCCCAACUCGUGUUGUCCACGUGCGUGGUACGAUGGCUCAGAAUUAUCUCGUCGACGGUUUACGCUCCGACACGAGCGGCGAACCAAACCCGUGGCCGAUGACUCCAUAUUAAUAUGGUUCACUUCUAAGCAAAACUUUGGACGCUAUUUUUAAAAAAUUGAAAACAUUUUAAUGGCAUUUCACCUAAUCAACGCUGCCGACGAAAAUUGACGCGUAAACCUUGGACCUCCCCUGCGGGUUAACGAGCCUAACGUGAUGAUUGAACCGGUAGCGCGGUGCAUUGGUUUGAAACGCGUGUUAACUUGCGAUGCCGAAAUCGUACGCUAUCCCACAAAAUGAAUCGAUGCUAAUCGGGCGUCGGCAGGAGAGUUUAAGAGUGCACAUUCGCAAGGUCACCCUCGCUAAUGAGACUCCCGAUGGGCUCUUGAGAUCUCACCUCGCUCGACAAAUGGACUCGAUCGGCAGUGUCCCCAAUAGAGGCGUUUUUUGAGAGAGGGGUUAGAGCGCGUAAAUAUAAAUGUGUCGUUAAUCCCGCCACCACCCGAUGCAGCCAAUUCGUGAGGUUUGUCACGUAAACUUAACAUGCCCAUUCGUUACUAGUUCCGGUGUGUUUGAGAGUAAAACCCACAGCAUUUACAAUUCGAGUGCAACGUUUCGCUAAUAAAUUGCAACGAGCAUCAUCGAUGAUGCUAGCUAUAAUUACUGGCGAGUUGCAAUUACUGGCGAAGCGUCGUGCUCGAAUUGUGAACGCUGUGGGUUUUACUCUCAAACACACCGGUGUGCUGAACUCGUAACGAAUUGGCACGUUAUGUUUCCGUGAUACAUCUCACUAAUUGGCUGUGGUGGCGGGUUUAACGACGCAUUUAUAUUGACGCGAUCUAAACCUCUGUUAUAGCUAAUAUUGGUCGCGAAAGCCUCCUGCGUGUUACAUCGAUCGGCAGUCUCCACGUGCACUGCUCGCUGGAACCUGCCCAGCCCCGACUGCCAGAUCGAGCACCACAGCAAAUCGGGACAAUUCCCACUCGCCAGCCCCGCAGGGUGGGCGGGGAGGGAUAGGCACCUGGGGUUACCUGAACCAGUGGCAUCUACAUCUGCAGGAGAUUAUGCAACUUUGAAAGCCAUUCCCCGUGUUUAGUGUACACGCCGUACAACAUGUUUGGAGUCGACAGGAGUAAAGUUGGACUUGCGAAUCAAUCGAGUUACGAACAGACCUCUGGAACCUGACUCGUUCGUAAGUAGAGGAGUCUCCAAUUUCAAACGAAACCUCGUCAGCUGGACUGCACAUUCGCCAUGUCACCUACUCCCACCUGAGCUCGCCUGCCCCCCUAUCGAGCUCUCUCCCUCUCUCUUUAAUCUGGCUCUCAUUAACCCCCGCCUGAAGUUAUACGUGCUCAAACUGGACCCGGUUCAGCUUGAACCCGCCUGCAUCAGAGCGGAAUGCGUUGAUACACGAUGGACGCCCUUGCCACCGUCUUGAUCACGCAAGGCCCUUGGGAAGUAAUUACUGACCACGCUCAAUGGGCUGGCCUGCGUCUUCGGACUGCUGCAGCACACGGUCCGCACACGUGCACUCGCUCGCGGUCAGAUCCAUCCCCCACGGGGUGCGCAUGCGACGAAGGGCGGUUUAACCGUGACGAUGACACACACACACGUACACACGUACACCCAUACACAACCUAAACACACAAAAACAAAGAUCCCCCGUAUAGCCUUGGCAGACUGUUGGAGCAAGUGCUGUUCGCGAGCACCUAAACACACACAUACACCUAAAACAGCAGCCGUCAUUCACCGCCUAGUGACGUUACCGCAGCGCUCGUGCCAGGCUAGGUGCACGCAGCGCUCUGCCCGCGGGGCGGGGGGGGAGUCGUCACGCGUCCCCACACGCCCCUGGCAUCUGCACCCACGCGGCCGCGCAAUUUGGGGACCCUCUGCCCCCCCCCCCCUUUGCCCUGGUUGGGUGACGGGUCACGCCCGUGAACCGUAGCGAUGCUCGCUGGGAACGCGACGCGUGGGUCGGGAAUGUCGCUCGCGUGACCCUCGACUGGAUCCGCUCGUCGUCGUCGUCGGCAACGUCCGCGCCGAUGACUUGGCGACGGCCCCCAGGUGCGAGACGGCAGCCGAGCGGCAAGCGCCGCCGAGUGUUCCGUGCGCGUUGUCGAUCGGCGCGCGCGGGGGUGUUACGCGUCGAGCGCUGUGGGCGGCAGCCGUCUGCAAAAUCACGCGGCGCUGCCAAGAGGCCGGGGGGGGGGCUCCCGAGUCCCGAGUGAGGGGGAGGAGGAGGCCCGCGGCGAGGGGGGAACGAGAGGAGGCGUCGAUACCGUUCGUGCGGGGCUCCCGUGCGCCGCUGAGCUCACCACCGCGCGCCCCUCGCAUCCCGUCCGCCCCAUCCCGCGGCGAUCUUCAUCCUGUGCGGUGCUGUGAGCAGUAUUUUGAUAAACGUGUUUGAUUGGUGUGAAACGCGGCCCCUACCCCUACCCACGGCUCUAU